UGAGGCAGGAGGCAUACCAUCGUUGCCAUCUCCUGCCAUCAACAAUGGAGAAGAAGAUCACACUGAUCAUCGCUGUGGAGUUCUUCUGUCUACUUCUUCUUCCUUGCUUUCAUGGCGGCCUUGUUGGUGCAUUCGGGACCGAUGACAAGACGGAAGAGUGGGGAUAUGUUGAAGUUCGUGCAAAGGCUCACAUGUUCUGGUGGCUGUAUCGUAGUCCGUACCGCAUCCAGAAUUCAACUGCACCAUGGCCCAUUGUUCUUUGGCUCCAAGGUGGACCGGGAGCAUCUGGGGUUGGCAUCGGCAAUUUUCAAGAGAUUGGGCCUCUGGAUGCAGAUUUAAAACCACGGAAUUCCACAUGGCUCAGAAAAGCUGAUCUCCUCUUUGUGGAUAGCCCAGUUGGUACUGGCUAUAGUUAUGUUGAAGACAAGAAGUCGACGGUGAAGACUGAUGAAGAGGCUGCAACUGACUUAACCACACUUCUCAUCACGCUGUUCAAUAGCACUGAAUCUCUUCAACGAAGCCCACUGUAUAUAGUAGCUGAAUCAUAUGGAGGGAAACAUGCUGUCACCUUGGGCUUGUCUGUAUAUGAUGCUAUAAAAGCUAAGAAACUUAAAGCGACACUUGGAGGGGUUGCGCUUGGGGAUUCCUGGAUCUCUCCUGAAGAUUUCGUGCUGUCAUGGGGACCAUUGCUGAAGGACGUUUCCAGGUUGGACCUUCAAGCAGCAGAGGAGGCCAAAAGGAUGGCAGCAGAGAUCCGAGAAACAAUUGGCAGAGGACAGUAUAUUGAUGCAGUUAACAUGUGGUCAGCUUUGGAAACUUUUAUUACUUCCUACAGCAACAACGUGAAUUUCUACAAUUUUUUGCUGGAUUCGGACAAUGAUAUUUUGAGUAUGACAGCAACUGCAUUGGAAACUGCAUCUAUAAAACGAUAUAGGAGGUACUUGGAAGAAAAUCAUGGGAGUCUGUCGGAUUUAAUGGACACUGUGGUUCGUAAAAAGUUGAGAAUUAUCCCAAAAAACAUACAGUGGGGAGGACAAUCAGACGUUGUCUUCAAUUCCUUAUCUGGGGAUUUUAUGAAACCUCGGGUUAACGAGGUGGAUGAGCUGUUGAGGAGAGGAGUACAAGUCACCGUAUAUAAUGGCCAACUGGAUCUCAUCUGCUCAACCAAGGGAGCUGAAGCCUGGGUUCAGAAACUGAAGUGGACUGGGCUGAAGAAUUUCACCAGAAGUAGAAGAACUCCUCUGUACUGUGGCCAAGCAGGAACAAAGGGAUUUUACAAGUCUUAUCAAAAUUUACAUUUUUAUUGGAUUCUGGGUGCAGGACACUUUGUACCAUUAGAGCAACCCUGCAUGGCACUGAAGAUGAUUGGGAACAUUACUCAUUCUCCUGCUUCAUGAAGUAAACUCGAAUAUCACAUGCGAGUCAUCAUGACUUAGAAGAGGCAUCAGGUAUGGUAGAGAGGAAGACGUUCUGAAUCAGCAAACAAUUUUGGUAUAUUAAAGAAGCGGCCAGCUGGCUUGAAAGAGAAUAGUUCUACCAACCAAGGCUGAAAAAAAGCAUCAUUCUGAAUUGUUGAUAAAAUGUUAUUUGUUUACAUUUCUUCUAAGGCAUAGAGUUAAGUUACAAAACUGUGAGUUGAUCACAUCCACUUAAAUGUUUUCAAUGUUUUCUAGUUGGAAGCCUGUGAUUUGUCGGUUGAAAGAACCUUUUGCUGUUCAUACCACUGCAAUCUCCUCUUAUCAAAGGGGACUUUCAUACAGAAGCCAU